AUGGCAGAACCUGAAAAGGAUACCAAGAUUGAUCCAGUGGUAGUGGAUGAACACCACGAGCGCAAGACAUCCAUCUUCGACGAUGAACAGAAGCGCAAAGAGAGCGUCGCUCGCCUAACAGCCAAUCUCGAGGGCGAAAUCCGCAACCCGCUCGUCGACAUCCCACGAGAGCAGCUCUUAGCCAACGUGCACGACUUCGCCACAGAGCACCAACUAACCGACGUCGAGCCUCUCCUCGUCAAAGGCGCCCUCCUCGCCCAGUCGCCCGCACUCUUCGAAGAUCUCGAAGAACUAGACGAGAAUGAUCGUACCGCCAUCCGCGAAGAAAUCACCCACCGUUUCAAACUACCUCGUACACUCUACUUUACCAUUAUCCUCAACUCCGUCGCCGCAGCUAUCCAGGGCUGGGACCAAACGGGCUCCAACGGCGCUAAUCUAACGUUCGGUCAGGCGCUUGGUAUCCCCGAUUCUGGUCCGGUGUGUGAGGCGGCGGGGACUUGCGAGAAGAAUGGGUGGAUUAUUGGGUUUAUUAAUGCUUGUCCUUAUAUUGCUAUUGCAUUGUUCUGUGCUUGGAUCUCUGACCCCGUGAAUGAACUCUGUGGUCGUCGUGGUACCAUCUUCAUCGCUGCCGUCUUCUCACUCUUGGCGCCCUUUGGCAUGGGUCUGAGUCAGACAUGGGGCGAGCUUGCUGUUUGCCGUGUGCUUUUGGGUGUUGGUAUGGGACUUAAGGAAGUAACUGUGCCUGUCUUCUCGGCAGAGAAUGUUCCGGCUAGUAACACUGGGUCAAUUUCAUGGCGUCUACAAUUCGGAUCCGCGUUCAUUCCUGCCGUUCCCCUCGUCAUUGGCAUCUGGUUCGUUCCUGAAAGUCCAAGAUGGCUUAUGAAAAAGCGAAAAUACGCCAAAGCAUACCGGUCCUUUCUUCGUCUACGCAACACCCCUCUUCAAGCAGCACGCGACCUCUACUACACCCAUUGCCUCCUCGAGCAGGAAGAGGUCCUCAUUCGCGAAGCUGGAAUCAACCCCAAGUCCAACUUCUUCACACGCUUCAUUGAGCUGUUCACGAUUCCGCGUGUCCGUCGCGCGACGCAAGCUUCUGGUAUUGUGAUGAUCGGUCAGCAGAUGUGCGGCAUCAACAUCAUCGCGUUCUACAGCUCCACGAUCUUCGCAGAAGGAGGAGCCACAAACAAGGAAGCCCUCAUUGCGUCUUUUGGGUUCGGUCUCGUGAACUUCACGUUCGCUUGGCCGGCAGUCUGGACAAUCGAUACUUUCGGUCGCCGCGGCCUGCUUCUUUCCACGUUUCCCAAUAUGUUCUGGACGCUCCUUGUGGCUGGCAUGUGCUAUUACAUUCCCAAGGACAGCGAUGCACACCUGGGCUUGAUUGCCUUCUUCGUGUACCUUUUUGGCGCCUUCUACUCUCCUGGAAUGGGACCGGUGCCAUUCACGUACUCGGCUGAGGUAUUCCCGCUUUCGCACAGAGAAGUGGGUAUGUCAUGGGCUGUAGCCACGAACAACUUCUGGGCGGCAGUGCUGUCGCUCACACUUCCUCGCAUGCUCAAGGUUAUGAGACCUCAAGGAGUAUUCGGCUUCUACGCUGGUCUCAAUGUUGUCGCCCUAGUUAUGAUCUUCCUCUGGCUACCCGAAACCAAACAGCGAACACUUGAAGAGCUCGACUACAUUUUCGGAGUCCCUACGCGCACCCACAUGAACUACCAGGCUGGCAAGAACCUGCCUUGGUGGUUCAAGACGUACAUACUCCGUCGCAAGGGUCUCUCCAAGCCUCAGCUUUACAAGUUUGGCGACCAGCGUCCACCUGUGAGUGUAACAGCGCAGAUGAGCUAUGCUUGGAACACGUACAUUCUUCGCAAGAAGGGGCUGGCGAAGCCGGAUGCUUAUGUUCGUGCGGCGCCUCGAGGCGAGAAGCAGGUCUAG